UUCAAGAUGGCUGCCUAUCCUUGCACGCAUGUCAUAUUCGAUAUGGAUGGCCUUUUACUUGAUACAGAGCGUCUUUACACCAUAGCGACACAGGAGGUAGUUGGACCGUAUGGGAAAACCUUCACAUGGGAUAUCAAGUCACAAAUGAUGGGAAGAAAAGCUGAUGAUGCUAUACGUAUCCUAAUAGACGCCUUAGAAUUACCAUUGACCAUAGAAGAAUACAAGGUGAAAAUUGCUGAGAAAUAUAAAGAUGUCUUCCCCGCAUGUGAUAUUCUUCCAGGUGUCGAAAAACUUGUCCAACAUCUCCAUAAACACAACAUACCAAUGGCAGUCGCGUCUGGCUCAAAUAAACAUGACUACGACCUAAAGACGUUGCAGCACAGCCACUUAUUUGACAAGUUUUGUCAUGUUGUGCUGAGUAGCGAUGACCCAGAUGUGAAGCAUGGUAAACCUGCGCCAGAUUGUUUUCUUAUCUGUGCCCAGAGAUUCAAAGACAGCCCAGAUCCCGAAAAGGUGCUUGUAUUUGAAGACGCUAAAAAUGGAGUCCUUGGUGGUCUCGCUGCAAACAUGCAAGUCGUCUGGGUGCCGGAUAAACAAGCGGACAAGUCUGAACUUGUGGACCAUGCGACACUGACAUUAGAUUCUCUGGAGGAAUUUCAACCUGAACAAUUUGGACUACCAGCUUAUGACAGCUGAUCAUCUGUGAUUCAUGGGUGGUGUUUUUUUGUUAAUCUAUGUUAGCCUGCUGACAUGUCCUGUUGAGUGGGAGACCCAAGUAAAUGUCUCAUCGCACAGCGAGCUUGCUUGACGAUGUUGAAAACUACAUGUAGGCACUGUCCUAUCCUCCUUAUGGUGUGAAAUAAGUCCGAAUAAAAGACACAUCCUCCUUGUAUUGAGCUGGCGCAAGAGGAGAUCGUCGUUGGUUUUUCUUGACCAUUUGUUCAGCUGUCUGAUCUCAUAGGCUUUUGGAUUCAUUUUGACUUUGCGAGAGAUUGGACUGGGCCUACAUGUAGUUUAGAGAAUGUUGUUCUGCAGGUUGCUUGCUUGUAAAUAGCAAUGCUGUAUUUAUGAUGAGCAAUUGCUCAAAAGGCCAUGUAUAGGUGACCUACUUAAAAACUACUGAUUUGAAUACAUCACUUCGAUUUUACAAUGACUGUGAAAUGGAAUGUAUGUAUAUGUAUCCACACUACUUGAGGUUAUUAUGCUUAUAUUUUGGCGCUCUGCACUAAUGUAAAUAUGGUAAUGACAUAUCAUGCCUGUUGGAAAUUCCAUAUCGGAUGUGUUCCCAUGAAUCAUGUUGGUUCAGGUUGCUAUCUUGUUUUUCACUGCCUCCCAUUAUCAGAGAUCAAGAGGCACAAGCAUCGAGUGUAAAUCACAUUGAUACAAGCAAGCUCCACCUGUAUUUUUUCAAUAAAAUUACUGCGUUCAAUGA